GUCAGAUUCCCGACUCCAACCACCUUAUUCAAGAGGCAAUAUGAAGACGGUCUGUUUAGUUUUUCUGCUGGUAGCAGCAGUAGCUGCCAGCGAGAAGAAGUCUACAGAACAAAAGGCUGAAGGCCUCGAGAAGAAGUUGGACAAACGUGGUCUUUUAAACUUGGGAUACGGAUAUGGAAUCAGUGGUCUUGAUGUAGGAUAUAUCGGCAGUGGCCAUGGAAUCGGAGGCGCUUAUAACUUCCUUGAUGAAGGAGCCCUUUCCCAUGGCCCCAUCGUCUCUGGUUACGGAAUCGACCUUGGCGGUCACACUGAUGUCACCAGAACCAUCACUCUUGUCAAGGGAGUCCCAGUCGCCGUACCAGUCGAAAAGCACAUACCUUACCCGGUUGAGAAACACAUACCCUACCCUGUAAAGGUUCCCGUACCGCAACCUUACGAGGUCGUCAAACAUGUACCCGUUCACGUUAAGGAAUACGUCAAGGUUCCCGUACAUGUACCAGCUCCCUACCCAGUAGAGAAGAAAGUGCCCUACCCCGUUCACGUACCAGUCGACAGGCCCUACCCCGUCAAGGUUUUGGUGCCGCAACCUUACCCAGUAGAAAAGCACGUUCCUUACCCCGUCAAGGUGCCCGUACCUCAGCCCUACCCCGUUGAGAAACACGUGCCAUACCCCGUCGAAGUUAAGGUACCCGUACCCCAACCCUACCCAGUUGUUAAACACGUCGGUUACCCCGUCAAGGUUCCCGUCGACAGGCCGUACCCAGUGCACGUACCUGCUCCUUACCCCGUUGAAAAGCCAGUGCCAGUCGCUGUACCAGUUGAGAAGCCAGUUGCCUACCCCGUGCACGUUCCAGUAGACAGGCCUUACCCAGUCCAUGUUGAGAAGCCUGUGGCCGUCCCCGUGAAAGUACCAGUGCCAGAACCCUACCCAGUAUACAAGCACGUUCCAGUUGAGGUCGAGAGACCCGUGCCUGUACCAGUCAAGGUGCCAGUUGACAGGCCCUACCCCGUGCACAUCGAGAAGCACAUUGCCGUCCCAGUGGAGAAGCCCUACCCAGUACCAGUAAAAUACCCCGUGUUCAUCAAUGAGCACGACGGCCACAGCCAGUAUAGUUACGGAGGCUCCUACUACGAACACUAACUAGGUUAUUUAGUAUAAAAAUCAUAUUUUAGUUCAUCAUUCGCCACAGUCACCUGCGCUAUUUAUAUCUCGCCACUCACGGCCGGGCAACAGCAAAAAUUUCUUUUUACUAUUUAUACUGUCCUUUUAUGAGAUUUCAUGUCAUAUAAGUGUACAGAAGGUACAGGGGUGCGUGUACUAUGUGAUGUAAAAUGUUACCAUUAAUAGGUUAAGUCGACUGUAAAAUACGAAAUAAAUAAUAAGAUAAA